AUGGAUGACGAAGUUUCGACGCUAAAUGAAUAUGAAAAGCAGCGACUAGAAAAUAUACGUCGCAAUGAAGAGAUUCUUAGGCAGCUUAACAUCCCAGAAACUGUUGCCUCACUGAAACCCUUGCCAAAACAAAAAAAACCUAGACCAAAGCCACCGAAAAAAGAGCCUAUGAUGCCAACGCGUAAAUCCUUACGUAUACGCGGUCUCAAGCCUGAAGACACUGGUACUAAGCGAAAGAUCAAAGAAGAAAGUCCAGCCUUAGAAAAACGCGCUCGAAUAGAGGGCGACCUUGAUUUGAACGCGGUAUGUUCGGCAAACAUGUCCCUCAAUGAUACAAACCAUUUUAUUGGGAUCCUGUCGGGUCUGACAAAAUCAAAAUUAGAUAAUGAAGAUAUCAAUGACGGUGCUACUGAGGGCGUUGAAGGACUCCGAUCGGUCCGACGUGCUUGCCGAUUGCUCGUUAUGGGACAACAAUGGCCAUCUGUUAAAGUAACACCUGAACGAAUUUAUUGUGCAGCGGUUCAUCCCGCAAGGGAUAAAAUUUUAGUUGCUGCUGGAGACAAGGUUGGGUCAUUGGGUUUCUGGGAUGUCAGGGAUAAGGUUGAGUUGGAGGAUGGAAAUUACAGACCGCGAACUUACAUGUUCAAGGCUCACACAAGAUCAAUAUUAACCGCUAAAUAUUCUCCCAUUGACUAUAAUCAACUAUUUACUUGUUCUUAUGAUGGAUCAAUUCGUUAUUUGGAUCUCAACAAGGCAAAAAUUUUGGAAGCCUAC